AGACAUAAAUGUGCAGCAGCCCCGUAGAAGGAAACCGUGAGUGUAACAAGGUUCUCCUUCCGCUGUCCGUGUGUGCAGAGAGCAGUCUGAUAUCGCUGGGAGGAAAAUGUCAUGCGGGCUGUGGAAAGAGACCUUGGCUCUGGCAGAGGACUACCUGUACCUGUGCUGCAGAAGCCCACGGCCAGCCCCUCCACCUCCCAGCGAGUCAGCCGCUGCCAUGAGGCACCUGGCCCAGGACAUGGAGGCACAGCACCAGGCCCGCUUCCACUCCCUCGCUCAGACCUUCCUGAGGCAGUGCGGGCCGGACCCCUGCGCCAGCCUCAGGAAAGUGAUAGAGGAGCUGGUGGGAGACGGACACUUGAACUGGGGGAGGGUUGUUUCCCUUUUCACCUUUACCGGGGUGCUGGCCAGACAGCUGCUGGAGCAGAAGAGCAUGAAGCUGGGGCUGGACCCUGGGCAGGAGCUGGUGCAGGAGCACGGAAACUGCAGGGGACUCGCAGAGACCAUAGCUGAUUACCUGGGAGAGGAGAAGAAAGACUGGCUGCUGGAGAAUGGCGGAUGGGAGGGGUUCUGCAAGUUCUCUCGCAGUGCCAGAGAAGUCAGUCCGGACUCGUCCAUGAAGACAGCGCUGUUUGCUGCUGCCGGUGUGGGCCUCGCUGGACUCACCUUCCUCCUGGUGCGCUAGCUAGCCUUCUCCAUCCUUAACAAACCUUCAUCCAUGUUCUCAUUUCAUGUUUGGCACAAUUAAGUAGACAUUUUAUUUCUAACAUCGAUGCUGCAAAAACAGGCUUAAUCUGUAGUGAAUUCAGGGUUGUUUCUCAAGUCAUCAACUGAAUGUUUGCACAUACUCAGACCCCCCCCCCGAACACACACACACACACACACACACACACACACACACACACACACACACACACACACACAUAUUAAUACUGGCAUUUAGUCACUCACUCCUUAAGAUUGUAAAAAAUGAUCUCAAUGCCUUCAGAAAUGUUGGAGUAAGUGACGUGAGCAUAUCAGACAGUUUAAUUAAAAAAGCACAGGUUUGUGGACAGAAUAGUCUUGCUCUCUUUGUAUUUUCAACUGUGCAGCUAAAAGACUUCAUUUCAAUUUUUUCCACAGCUUUUGAUUUUGAAAUUGUCUGCUGCCUUUUUAUUCAUGUGUUUACCUUGAGUUGUGUAUGUGAUAUAGAGCCAUUCUAGUGUACAAUGUAUAAAUUAAUAUAUUAUAUUUAUAUGAAAUGAAACUGUAAGCAGUGGCCCUUUCUUUUUUUUUUCUUCUAACUGUUCCACAGCUAAUUCAGUUAUUUCAUUGUUUUCAAUAUGUCCUGCGUUCAUGUGAAACACCUGAUUUACAUUGGUCAACGGCUGAAUCAGCACUCGAGGCAACACAACGGUGCUAUCGUAUGUUGUGAAAUGUUUCUCAUAUCAAUCUAACAAAACAGGGACCAAUCCGACUUCAAACAUAUUGCUAUUCGAACCAGCUGUUGCUAUGGCAUUUCUCCUUCACAAAUCCCUUAAACAUUAUAUUUUUACAUUGUUUUGGUCUAUUUAUUUGUCACUGUUUUUAUAAUAAAAAAA